GAAUCUUCUUAUUAAUUCUCGAACCUACCUAGAAUUAUAGUGAAAAGUUGUUGGAGUGAUGGGGAUUGGAGAUUUUAGGACUAGUUUUUUUAAUUUGCUUUCUUACGAGUGUAGGUUUGGUUCCUUUUGUGAGCAAUUGAUCAAUCUGUAAUCUAUGAGAACUGCUUCACAUAACAUUCAUCUAUUAUUUAGUUCUGCUAAAACAAAUUUAUGAUUUGUUUAAGAAUUUAGCAUUAAUACUUAAAAAAUCCAAAAUUAAAUUUAUAAAUAAAUAUUAAAAACAUUACAAAAAUGUCUACCGCCAUCGGAAUUGACUUGGGAACUACCUACUCUUGUGUAGGAGUAUGGGCCAACGAUAAAGUUGAGAUCAUUGCCAAUGAUCAGGGACAGAGAACUACUCCAUCCUAUGUUGCUUUCACUGACACUGAGAGACUCAUUGGAGAUGCUGCCAAAAAUCAGACUGCGAGAAAUCCAAAGAACACCGUCUUUGAUGCUAAGAGAUUGAUCGGAAGAAAGUUUGCUGAAAGAUCCGUCCAAGAAGAUAUCAAGCUCUGGCCAUUCACUGUUAAGUCAGCUGGAGAUGCUGAAGAUAAGCCAAUUAUUGAGGUUCAAUUUAAGGGAGAGACCAAAAGCUUCCAGCCAGAACAAAUCUCUUCAAUGGUCUUGACCAAGAUGAAGGAAGUUGCUGAUUCUUACCUCGGUAAGAACAUCAAGGAUGCUGUCGUCACCGUACCAGCUUACUUCAAUGACUCUCAGAGACAAGCCACCAAAGAUGCAGGAGUUAUCGCAGGAUUGAACGUUCUCAGAAUCAUCAAUGAGCCAACAGCAGCUGCUAUUGCUUAUGGAUUAGAUAAGAAGGCUACUUCUGAAAGAAACGUACUCAUCUUCGAUUUGGGAGGUGGUACUUUCGAUGUCUCCCUCCUCACCAUUGAAGAUGGUAUCUUCGAAGUCAAAGCUACUAGCGGAGAUACUCAUUUGGGUGGAGAAGAUUUCGAUAACAGACUUGUCAAGUUCUGCCAAAAAGAUUUCGAGAAGAAAGCCAAGAUUGAUAUUAAAGACAACCCUAGAGCCUUGAGAAGACUCAGAACUCAAUGCGAGAAAGCCAAGAGAAUCUUGUCUGCUGCUGUCAAUGCCCAGAUUGAGUGUGAAGCUCUUGCUGAAGGAGAGGACUACAACUGCACCAUCUCCAGAGCUAAAUUCGAAGAGCUCUGUAUCGACUUGUUCAGAAAAUGUAUCCCACCAGUAGAGAAAGUUUUGAAUGACUCAGGACUCUCAAAGGACCAGGUUCAUGAGGUCGUUUUGGUAGGAGGAUCUACCAGAGUUCCAAAGGUUCAGCAACUCAUCAAGGACUUCUUCAAUGGAAAAGAGCCAAACAAAUCCAUCAACCCAGAUGAAGCUGUUGCUUAUGGCGCUGCCGUCCAGGCUGCCAUUCUUACUGGAGAAGGUGAUUCAAACGUUAAGGACUUGCUCCUUCUCGAUGUUGCUCCACUUUCCCUCGGUAUUGAGACUGCUGGAGGUGUAAUGACUGCUCUCAUCAAGAGAAACACUACCAUCCCAACCAAGAAGUCCCAGACUUUCACCACCUACGCUGAUAACCAACCAGGAGUAUUGAUCCAGGUUUACGAAGGAGAAAGAGCCAUGACCAAGGACAACAACAUUUUGGGGAAAUUUAACUUGGAAGGUAUCCCACCAGCUCCAAGAGGUGUCCCACAGAUCGAAGUAACCUUCGACGUUGAUGCCAAUGGUGUCCUCAAUGUCUCUGCUGUCGAUAAGGCCGGAGGUAAAGAGAACAAGAUCACCAUUACCAACGAUAAGGGAAGACUCUCCAAAGAAGAUAUUGAGAAAAUGGUCAACGAAGCCGAACAAUACAAGGAAGAGGAUGAGGCUAACAAGAAGAACAUUGAAGCCAAGAAUGCUCUCGAAAACUACAUCUACACCGUCAAGAACUCUCUCGAAGAAGAGAAGCUCAAGGACAAAUUCACUGACGAGGACAAGAAGACCAUCAAUGAAGCUACUGACGAGACCAAACAAUGGUUAGAGAGCAAUCAGGAAGCUAAGACUGAAGAAUUCGAGGCUAAGCUUAAGGAUCUCGAAGGAAAAUUCAACCCAAUCAUGAUGAGAAUCUACCAAUCUACCGGUGGUGCCGAAGGAGGUAUGCCAGGCGGUAUGCCAGGAGGCAUGCCAGGAGGCAUGCCAGGGGGAAUGCCAGGAGGUAUGCCAGGAGGCUUCCCGGGAGGUGCUCCAGGAGCUGCACCAGGAGGAGACGCCGGAGCUGGAGGAGUUGAUGAUCUUGACUAAAUUCGAAUGUAACCUAAGUUAUUUUAAAUAUCUC